ACCUCACUGCCUCCUAGAGCGUCGUCCGAUCCUACCGGAAGUGGCGGGCGGAGGCGGGUGGAUUCCGUGCUGCGGAGGGCGAGGUGACCUCGGCGCCUCCGCGACCAUGGGCCGCGAGUUUGGGCAUUUGAUGCGGAUGCGGCAUGUGAUCACCUACAGCUUGUCGCCCUUCGAGCAGCGCGCCUUCCCGCACUACUUCAGCAAGGGCAUCCCCAACAUGCUGCGCCGCACUCGGGCGUGCAUCCUUCGCGUCGCGCCGCCAUUCGUAGUGUUUUAUCUUGUCUACACAUGGGGAACACAGGAGUUCGAGAAAUCCAAGAGGAAGAAUCCAGCUGCCUAUGAAAAUGACAAAUGAGCAAUUCAUCUGGAUAAUAGUUCCUUGUCUCUGAAAGACCCUUCUCCGGGAGAGGAGUCUACAUUGUAGUGUCUUGAAGACAUAAUAAACUUAUUAUAGGCUGCACUGUUGUGAUUUUGCGUUUUGUGUGAGCAGAGUCCUUGGAUGUGACUGCUACUUUUCAAGUUCAUGAAUUCCCCUCCCCAGCAUGAGUCCUGAACUGUUUUGGCUAGUCUGAGUUUGGUGAAGGAUUGUAGCUCGCUCCUUGUUCUAUAACCUACAAGAAUGUAGCUGCAGCUACUCCUGUAGCUGAACAGUUGUGGAUGGCAUCGACUGUGGGUAAUGUUGACUCCCUGCCCAAUAUUUCCAUACUGACAAUAAAAUCUAGUAAUUACAGUGUGUCAGGUA